CCGGACGGAGCUGGGGCAGGCACAAGCAUGCGUGCGGGGCUCGGGCAGGCCUUGCGGGGGCUGCUGCUGCUCUCGGCUCGGAGCUGCUCCUGCUCCUGCUCCGGAGCGGGGAGGAGGAGGCGGCUGGUGCAGCCGCUGCCGCGCUGCAGCUGGCUCAGCACCAUGGCCCAGUGCAGCACGGAGCAGCGGGGGCGGCCCCACUCGCCCCAGUACCGCCUCUACUUUAAGAAUGCGGAGGGUAAAUAUAUUUCCCCGUUUCAUGACAUUCCUCUGUUUGCUGGAUCUAAAGAGGAUAAGGAGGUUCCUGCGAAGAGAUCAAAGACUAAUGGAAGUGAGACUGGUCUUCCAAAGAAGCCACCACCCAGCAGAGCUGGUGAAACUGUAGUGUUUAACAUGGUUGUAGAAGUGCCUCGCUGGUCAAAUGCUAAAAUGGAGAUUGCCACCAAGGAACCAUUGAAUCCCAUUAAACAAGAUAUAAAGAGAGGCAAGCUUCGAUAUGUGGCCAAUAUCUUUCCUCACAAGGGUUAUAUAUGGAAUUAUGGUGCCCUCCCUCAGACUUGGGAAGAUCCACACCAUAAAGAUAAGGAUACAGGAUGCUGUGGUGAUAAUGAUCCCAUUGAUGUGUGUGAAAUAGGCACAAAGAUACCUACAGAUAUUGAUGAUGUCAAGAAACACAAACCGGGUUAUCUUGAGGCUACCGCUGAGUGGUUCCGAUUAUAUAAGGUCCCAGAUGACAAACCGGAAAAUCAGUUUGCUUUUAAUGGAGAGUUUAAAGACAAGGAUUUUGCUGUUGGAAUUAUUAAAUCCACCCAUGAAUACUGGAAAGCUUUGCUUCAUAAAAAGGCUGACAGAGGUGCUAUAGAAUGUACGAAUGUUUUGGUGCAUGACAGCCCCUUUUGUUGCAGUGAAGAGGAUGCCAGGUUAAUUGUGCAAUCAGCACCACCUCCUGCGAGUGGAGAUUCUGUUUCUGCAGAAGUUGAUGUGUGGCACUUUCUUAACAAGUGAUCAUCGGAAUGUUCUGAAGUCACAUCAUCAAAUCUUAAAUCAUCCCUUUUUUCCUGAGUUUUGAAGACAGGCUUGGUUCCUAAUUGCUGGGUUCCUGUUGGAACAACUUUUCAAGUAACAUAAACCCUCUAUCAUGUAAAUAAACUGAUAUUUUUAAAUUG